AUGGUAGCAGUAGCACUCGUCUUGGUCACGGCCUCGGCCAUAGCCAUCCACCUCCUGACCACCAGAUCCAAGAAGAAAUCGAAGGUGCCCCCUGGCUCCCUUGGCUUACCGGUGAUCGGUCACACCCUUGGCUUCCUCCGUUCCCUCCGCGGCAACACCUCCGACCGGUGGAUACAGGACCGGAUCAACAGGUAUGGGCCGGUUUCCAAGCUAUCGCUCUUCUGCACGCCGACGGUUCUCCUGGCGGGGGGGCCGGCGGCCAACAAGAUGCUCUUCUUCAGCGGCAUGCUUCGGCAGAGGCAGGCCCGGUCCGUCCACCGUAUUAUCGGGGAGAAGAGCAUCCUCGACCUGCACGGCGACGAGCACUGCCGCAUCCGCGGGGCACUAAUGGAGUUCCUCAAGCCCGACAUGCUCAGGGAGUAUGUCGGGAGGGUUGACGCCAAGGUGAGGCAGCACCUAGAGGAGAAGUGGUACGGCCGCUCCACCGUGACGGUGCAGCCACUCAUGAGGCAGCUCACGUUCGAGGUCAUAACCUCGCUGCUCUUCGGCCUCGAGGCCGGGGCCGAGCGGGACGCCCUGGCAGAGGACUUGGUGCGCAUGCUGGAGGGCAUGUUCUCCAUCGCCGUGAACCUGCCCUUGACGCGCUUCAGCCGGAGCCUCAAGGCCAGCCGAAGGGUUCGGCAGCUGCUGGAGGGGAUCACCGUCGACAAGCAGGCUAAGCUGCGACACGGCAAGGCCUCGCCCAACAACGACCUCAUCACCCGCCUGCUCAGCCUCACGGACCAACAGGGCAACCAGCUGCUGACCAACCAGGAGAUCGUCGAAAACAGCAUGGUCGCCCUGAUUGCCGGCCAUGACUCCACCUCUGUACUCAUCACUUUCAUGGUCCGGCAACUUGCCAAUGAUCCGGUCAACCUCGCCCGGAUGGUGCAAGAGCAACAAGAGAUUGCAAAGAACAAAGCUCAUGGAGAGCCCCUGGCCUGGGAAGACCUCACAAAGAUGAAGUUCACAUGGCGGGUCGCACAGGAGACACUUCGCCUCGUCCCUCCACUAUUCGGCAGCUUCAGAACAGCAAUCCAAGACAUGGAGUUCAAAGGCUACUGCAUCCCAAAAGGAUGGCAGGUGUAUUUGUCGUCGACCGGAACGCACAUGGACCCGACCAUCUUCCAUGAGCCUGCCAAGUUCGACCCCUCCCGGUUCGAGUCCGCCAUGCCACCAUGCUCCUUCAUGGCGUUCGGUGGCGGCCCCACAAUAUGCCCUGGUAUGGAGUUUGCCAAGAUGGGAACAUUGGUGACCAUGCACCACCUGGUGACACACUUCAAAUGGAAGCUUUGCUGCAAGGAGAACACUUACGCCAGGGACCCCUUCCCCGCGGCAUUGCAUGGGCUGCCCAUAAAACUCGAGCAGUACAUGUGA